AUGGCCGCAAAAGCGACGAUUAUUUGCUUCGUAAUCACAUUUUUUAUCCUAGGAGGUAUAGCAGUAUUGAUCGCUUGGUUAGCGGACAAGAUGAAAUCUCCUACAUUUUCCGUCGAUCAAGCCGCAGUCAACGACUACAAUUUCACCGCCGACAAUCGCCUCAACGCUACGUUCACGGUUGUGGUACGAUCCCACAACCGUGACUCUAAGUACAAGAUUGACUACAACGUUGUUGUGGUCUCAGUAUACCACAAUGGGUACACCCUAGCAUAUGAUACACUGGGCCCGUAUUCCCAACUUCAUGGGGAUGAUAUUUUGUUCACGGCCCAACCCAAGGCCCGAAAUGUUAUGAUUUCGGACCCGGGCUUGGCUAGGGAUAUUAGGAAUGAGACUCAAGCCGGACGAUUUGAGCUAGAGGUUCGGGUUCGGGCGGCGGUUAGAUACGAGGUUAAAAGGUGGAAGCAUAAGAAUUAUACAUUGAGGAUUAUUUGUAUUCCUGUGUUAAUUGGUUUGUCUUCUGGGAAGAGUUCUCAAAGUACAAAGUGUGAUGUAGAUCGCUAUUGA